UUUAAUCGUUGACAAAUGUGUGACCACGCAAUAAUGUUAUGUGUUUCCAUCACAUGGACUGUUCUUUCUAAUAUAUCAAUCCGCCAAGAUGGGUCGUAUGCACUCUAAGGGAAAGGGUAUCUCCGGUUCUGCCUUGCCAUACAGGAGAAGUGUACCAACGUGGUUGAAAUUAACAUCUGAAGAAGUUAAGGAACAAAUUUAUAAACAUGCAAAGAAAGGUUUGACUCCAUCACAAAUAGGUGUAAUUCUUCGAGAUUCUCAUGGUGUUGCUCAAGUCAGAUAUGUAACAGGAAACAAAAUCCUUAGAAUUUUAAAGGCUAAAGGAUUGGCUCCUACUUUACCUGAAGACUUACAUUGUCUAAUUAAAAAAGCUGUUUCAGUUCGAAAACAUUUAGAGAGGAAUAGAAAAGAUUGUGAUGCUAAAUUCCAUCUUAUUUUGAUUGAGGCCAGAAUCCACCGUCUUGCAAGAUAUUACAAAACAAGAAGGGUUUUACCGCCAAAUUGGAAAUAUGAAUCUUCAACCGCUUCAGCUUUGGUAGCAUAAACAAAAAAUGUAAUUUGUAAUCGAUGAUAUAUUGUCAAAUAUUACAUA